CCACAGACCAAUGAGUAGAAUCAAUAAGAACGUGGUCUUGGCCCUCCUAACACUGACAAGUUCUGCGUUUCUGCUGUUUCAGCUGUACUACUACAAGCACUAUCUGUCAGCCAAGAUCUCUCUUCACCAUACUCUAUGCCUUGGGAGGCUGACCUCUGGACUGCAUUAGCUGAGCUCCCUUGCCUUUUGGGUUCCAGUUGGGUUCAACCAAUGGGAAGCAUCAGCUGGAGAUUGGAGACUAGGAAGAAAAAGAGGAGGAGAGUCCUGUGUAGAAACCAAAGGAAAUACAGUACAAAAACCUUGAUGCAGAAAGUUUCUGGAAUAAUUUGGAUAUUGAUGUGUCUGGAGAAGAGUGAGAGAGGAGUAGAAUGGUUCAUCAAAAUCCAAGGGAAACAGAAUUGGAUUUGAUAGCACACAGUGGCGUGCAGUCAAGAAAUUUGUUAUGCUGACAUCCAGCCAAAAUGUGCCAGUGUUCCUUAUCGACCCUUGGAUUCUGGAAUUGAUAAAUAAAAACUUUGAACAAGUGAAAAAUGCUUCUCAGGGCCCCGCUUCAGACUGCAGGUUUUUCUGCGUUCCACGAGACUUCACUGCGUUUGCGCUGCAGUACCACCUGUGGAAGAAUGAGGAUGGCUGGUUUCGGAUAGCUGAGAAUAUGGGAUUUCAGUGCCUAAAGAUUGAAAGCAAGGAUCCUCGGCUAGAUGGAAUCGACUCACUUUCUGGAACUGAGAUCCCCUUGCACUAUGUCUGUAAGCUGGCCACUCACGCCAUCCACUUGGUGGUCUUUCAUGAGCGGAGUGGCAACUACCUCUGGCAUGGUCACCUGCGACUCAGAGGACACAUGGACAGGAAGUUUGUUCCUUUUCGGAAGUUACAGUUUGGUCGUUAUCCUGGAGCUUUUGACAGGCCAGAGUUGCAGCAGGUUACCAUUGAUGGGCUGGAUGUGCUGAUUCCAAAAGACCCAGGACACUUUCUAGAAGAAGUGCCACGCUCCAGAUUUAUCGAGUGCAGGUAUAAAGAAGCUCGGGCGUUCCUUCAGCAGUACCUUGAGGAUAACACUGUGGAUGCUGUGGCCUUUCGGAAGAGGGCGAAGGAGUUACUGCAACUAGCAGCCAGAACAUUGAAGGAAUUGGGAGUGCCCUUCUGGCUGAGCAGUGGAACCUGUCUAGGAUGGUAUCGGCAGUGCAGUAUUAUCCCUUAUAGCAAAGAUGUCGACCUAGGAAUUUUCAUACAAGAUUACAAACCUGAUAUUAUUUUGGCAUUUCAGAAUGCGGGACUUCCACUCAAACAUAAGUUUGGGAAGGUGGAAGACAGCUUGGAGCUCUCCUUCCAGGGCCAGGGGGACGUAAAGCUUGACAUUUUCUUCUUCUAUGAAGAGACUGACCAUAUGUGGAAUGGAGGCACCCAGGCCAAAACAGGAAAAAAGUUUAAGUACCUGUUUCCCAAGUUCACACUGUGUUGGACGGAGUUUGCAGACAUGAAAGUCCACGUUCCCUGUGAAACAGUUGACUACAUUGAAGCCAACUAUGGUAAGACCUGGAAGAUUCCUGUGAAGACAUGGGACUGGAAGAGUUCACCCCCAAAUGUUCAGCCCAAUGGGAUCUGGCCUAUUUCUGAGUGGGACGAGGUUAUCCAGUUGUACUGAGAAUACAAAGUUAAGGAGGGAGAUUUCCCACAACAAGAAGAUGGGUAACUCUUCAAAGCACCUCUGUCUUUUUGCUGCAUAUGAGAGCCAAAGAAGAUAAAUGACAAGUGGACUAUCUAAUCGGCUGUCAUUCUACAAUUCCUGAGGAGUUUCUACACUGGGUGAAAUACUAGGUUCUGGUGGACAGGCAAAGAUGAAUGAGCAAAUGCUGCCUCUCUCCUGUCAGAUUGGUAAGCACUCCAGUCUUUUAAGGGAAUGUCCCCCACCCUCUGAAGAGCUGGUGUACGUUACGAUGUAUUCCAUAAUGAUUCUUAAAAUGUUGAGUAAUAUUUAUGCUGGAAAGUGAGCUCAUCAUUCAGAGCUAAGGAGGAGUACAUUAGUUAGGAAUCAUUCAUUCCUGCCUGUCCUCUGGAGUUAAGCUGUUGCAUUCAUGCCGCUUUUGAGACUGCGGAAUGAGAGUUAGUACUUCAGUGAGUGAUCAGACUUUAUGUUGCAUAGAGAAAGAUAGUGGCAGACUCGUCUUACAAGCAUUUCUACCACAGUUGGCUUAAAACACAGGGCGAUUUAUGAAGGGAGAUGAGAGCCAAUUUCAAGCCUUGUCAGGAUGCAUAUUUUCAUGUUUGAAGUGAGAAGUUGAUGCCUACAUGAGGCUUAUGUUUCCGACAUCAUAGGAACGCCUUCGCUGACCUGCAGUAGCACACGCUCUUGAGUCUCUCAGUCAUGCUGUCUGAAAGCUGUGAUUUCCCAAGGCUUACUUUCCUUAUUUCAUUCUUGAUCACUCUUAGAUUUGAAAAAUAGGAGUAAUUCAUGGGUGUUUUUUAUUUUUUGAACUUGGAACUCUUCUCCCCUUUAUUUAAUGUCGACACUAAAUACUAAUAGAAACACUCUGAGGUUUCUAAAUAGACCCUUUCUGUAUCAACCCUAACUCUGUUUCUUUAAUAUAUAGUCUACACACUAUUUUAUUUAGAAUAAAGAUGCGACUGUUCUUCUAUCCAAUACUACUUCAGGUGUCCAUAAUGAAGGCUUAAUGUGAACCUGGUAACUCUUCCUUGUUCUGGAUCACUGCUUUUAAAGCCUAUGUCCAUCCCUAGAUUUUCCUUCUGCUGAGUGUAAUAGACUUCCUUUUUACCAAGUACUACACCUGCUGGACCCUUGACCUCCUUCUUCUUCACACAAAAUACACUUGUGAGUAGCUGUGCCCUCUAUUUACCUGUACUUACGCCAUGUGCUCUAAGCGAGAGAUGCAGGGGAGUCUGGCACAGUAAAUGCUGCCUGGAAGAGGGGGUUCUCUACUCUCUGCUUAGGGAUGCGUCCAUGGCAGCCUGACGGAUUUUCCUUUGAAACUAUAGUUACUAAAAUGAAAACCAGAAUGUCUAAGGGAAUGGCUGCCAGAAUUUAAAAAGCAAACAAACAAACAAACAAAAACCUUGGGAGGUGACUUGAAGCCACCCACUUCCAAAUCUCAAAAUCAAGGUGAGAACUCUUUGAUAGACAAUAAGCAACAGUCUGUGAGGAUGUAUCCUUCAUGCAGGGAACUGAGUCUCAUCAUGACCAUCAUAAUCAGAUUUUCAGGGACCUUUAUAAUUAUUAGCAAAUGUGCCCCCAAAUUAUAGAUCGUAAACAGUUCUUUCCUAGAAAAUAAGUCCACAUUCUAUUUACCCACGUUUUAGAUAGCCAACCCUAAUUUCAUUUUUUUUUUGUGCUCCAGAAAUACAGCAUAUAAUAAUAGUGUUCUUGAGAAACCCCUAUCUGAAGAGGCCCACUGGGUUGUACUCAGUAUCCAGAAGUAGGAGCACUCACAUUGUGUUUCUUGAGAGCCUCAUCUUCUGCCAGGGGAGCCAACGUACUCCUGUUCAAAUUGCUUUGUUUGUAUCCAUCUUUGAAGUUCAAGGUUGGGCAGUGUCCGGAGUACAAGCUAUCUUGGCCACGGUCAGAGGUCUCAUAUGUUCUUUCCUACACAGAGGGCAGCUCCACAUCGUGUCUUCCCUCUGAUUGUCUUUAAUGUUAGGGUGCCAUCCUUCCUUGGAGAAAAUGAAAACCUUUCCCAGAAUUUGAAGGUGA